AUGAGCUCCUUGUGCGUGAGCCCGGGAGAGGUGGCGGAAGAGAGCGGCUGCGUGAUCAAGUGCGCGCCAGCAGCCACGCAGGCGGCGAGCGCCCGAGCCCGGGGAUUUGCCGUAGCACCCUCCUUGUCCACCCCACUUGGACAAGGCCGGGUCAACCAGCUGGGCGGGGUGUUCAUCAACGGGAGACCCCUGCCCAACCACAUCCGCCAUAAGAUAGUGGAGAUGGCCCACCAUGGCAUCCGCCCCUGCGUCAUCUCCCGCCAGCUGCGCGUCUCCCACGGCUGCGUCUCCAAGAUACUCUGCCGCUACCAGGAGACCGGGUCCAUCCGGCCUGGAGCCAUCGGAGGCAGCAAGCCCAGACAGGUGGCGACUCCGGAUGUGGAGAAGAAGAUCGAGGAGUACAAGAGGGAAAACCCAGGCAUGUUCAGCUGGGAGAUCCGGGACCGGCUGCUGAAGGACGGCCACUGUGACCGCAGCACCGUGCCCUCAGUGAGUUCGAUUAGCCGCGUGCUCAGGAUCAAGUUCGGGAGGAAAGAGGAGGAUGAGGAAGCGGACAAGAAGGAGGACGACGGUGAAAAGAAGGCCAAACACAGCAUAGAUGGCAUCCUGGGCGACAAAGGGAACCGGCUGGACGAGGGCUCAGAUGUGGAGUCGGAACCCGACCUCCCGCUGAAGCGAAAGCAGCGCCGCAGCCGGACCACGUUCACAGCCGAGCAGCUGGAGGAGUUGGAGAAGGCUUUUGAGAGGACCCACUACCCGGACAUCUACACCCGGGAGGAGCUGGCGCAGAGGACCAAGCUGACCGAGGCGCGAGUGCAGGUCUGGUUCAGUAACCGCCGUGCCCGUUGGCGCAAGCAGGCUGGAGCCAACCAGCUGGCAGCGUUCAACCACCUUCUGCCAGGAGGCUUCCCGCCAACCGGCAUGCCCACGCUGCCCCCUUACCAGCUGCCGGACUCCACCUACCCCACCACCACCAUCUCCCAAGACGGGGGCAGCACUGUGCACCGGCCUCAGCCCCUCCCGCCGUCCACCAUGCAUCAAGGUGGGCUGGCUGCAGCUGCGGACACCAGCUCCGCCUAUGGAGCCCGCCACAGCUUCUCCAGCUACUCCGACAGCUUCAUGAAUCCGGGGGCCCCCUCCAACCACAUGAACCCUGUCAGCAACGGCCUGUCUCCUCAGGUCAUGAGCAUCUUGAGCAACCCCAGCGCGGUGCCGCCGCAGCCGCAGGCCGACUUCUCCAUCUCCCCGCUGCACGGCGGCCUGGACUCGGCCUCCUCCAUCUCGGCCAGCUGCCAGCGGGCCGAGUCCAUCAAGUCGGGAGACAGCCUGCCCACGUCCCAGUCCUACUGCCCACCCACCUACAGCACCACCGGCUACAGCGUGGACCCCGUGGCUGGCUACCAGUACGGCCAGUACGGCCAGACUGCUGUUGAUUACCUGGCCAAAAACGUGAGCCUCUCCACACAGCGUCGCAUGAAGCUCGGGGAGCACUCCACGGUGCUGGGACUCCUGCCUGUGGAAACUGGCCAGGCUUACUAGGGUGCCUGGGGCGACUCGCCCCAGCCCGGGCCCCACCCAACGCUUCCUGGCCCCU